AGCCGGGUCCCGGCGCCCAAACGGGCGGCUCUGGGGCCGGGGCCGCGGCUCUCAGCGAUGUCCGCCCCGAGCCCCGGGGCUGCGCAGGCCGGCGCGGCCGGGAGGCGGCGGCGGCGGCGGAGGAGGAGGCUGAGGCAGGUCGGGGACCAUGUCCUCGCUGGUGAAGGAGGACCUGGCCAAGCGGCUCUUCGGACCCCGGCGGUUGCGGCUGCAGGAGUUCAUCGAGGUGGAGGGCUCGGGAGCGGGGCGCUGCUACCUGUGCGCUGCAGUGACUAAAAGUGAAGAAGUAGAAAUAUGUAUGGUAAAACACAUUCGAGUAGAUCGAGAGGAGAAAUAUGAAGUAGUUGAAAAGUGGUUUCUGAAAGAUCUGGAGAUGAUUGAUGGAAAAGAAGCGGAUACUGAUAAUCCAUAUUUUGAUAUGCACUUCCACAAAGUCUACAGUUUGGAGGCAUAUAGUUGUGCAUCUAAAUAUACCUUUGCUCGAACGCUAAACAAACUGAAUGAAAUGUAUCUUAAAAAGGACUUGAAGAUUGUGAACUUUGAUGACACCUACCUAAAUGAUGAUUCAAUCUGGUCAUCCAACAAUAGGGAUUGCUUAGUACUUAUGAGGAUAUGCUUCUAUGCUUCCAACCUUUUAUGUCUCUCACUUUGUCCUUUGUCCUGAAGAUGCAUUUUGUAACAUUAAACGUGACUGGUUGACUUUCACUGACCACUAUUUUGUAAAUCAUCGGCUGAAAAAGGCAGCAAGUGAUGUGCAGCAUCUGCUUCUUAAUUUAUGUGUAUAAGUCCAAAAUGGAACAUACUUUUUAGAUAUAUAAAUGAAUGGUCAAUUGUUUAUGUUAGCAGGGCCUUACUGGCAAGUACAAAUAUAUGUGACUAUCAGUAAAGGAACAGUGAUUCUUAUGUAAGCAGAAUUCAGCAUUUGCUCAUUGUUUAUGGAGAUAUAAAUUAUUAUUCUUGAAUUACAAGAAAUAUUUUUAAAAUAUUUUAAGAGCAUUAACAGUUCAUAUAACUGCUGGAAGUAGAAAAAUAAAGCAAACAAACGAGUUCUGUACAAGAACGAUGCACAUUUCAAAUGUGUUGAAAUACAGAACUCUGUUAAAGAGAUCACACCUACACAGAUACAUGAAUCAAAUACUGAUGAAUUGGAGUUUUGCAUUCAGGUACCGGGGACCAGCUUUUCACCUACGAAUUGUAAUUAUUUCCCCCCCCCCAGAACAUCUAAUAUUCCCUUUGACCUUUCCAUUUUUGGUGAUACUGUCAUAGAAACAUAAAAUGGAUGUUCUUAAGCAGAACUGUUUUUUGUCAGACCUUUCAGGCCUUUUUUCUUUUAUAUCAUUAAUGUCUUCUUUCUUGCAAUUUAUUGUUUUAUGUGCACGAGCAGACCUGGUUAUGGAACAGAAACUGAUUGUUUAUGUCUCUUCUCUGCCUCAGGACCAAGAGGUAACAAAAUACUACUGGAUGUCCUAUGUAAACAGUAGUUGUUGGCAAUUAGUUACAGUUUCUUUAUGGGCAAGUGAUAGACUUUUCAAAAUUCAUAGAAUUACGAGAGUAAUUUUCAGCAGUUUCUAGCUAUGUGUUAGCAUAUUCAGUGCACUACUUAAAUGUGUAUUAGUACUUCCAGUUGCAUUUAAUGUGGGGUGGAUUCUACUGACUGGUUGGAAAGAUCUCACCCAUAACAACAACAACAAAAACCAACAGCUGACAGUAUUAUAUUACAGUAGAAACAGAAGAUGAAUUAAAACUGUAUUGACCAAGAGCUGCAGAGGAACAACACUGCCAAAAAGCAGCAUGGUGAUAUUGCUCUGUGUCAGUCAGCUAAGCUAGCUGGCUGCUUCUCCCAUUGUCAACAGAGAAAGAAAUGCCAAACCAGAAAGUGAUUCUUAGAAACUUUGGGUCAGAACUUCCAGCAGGAGAAAACUUUUCUCUUUCGGCAGCCUAGAGAGUACAGAGAAACUAGUUCUGGACUAAGCCAGCUAAGUAUCUAAAGUUGAUGAAUGUAAAUAGCUCCAGAAAAUCACAAGCUGGUUACUGCCUUCUCCGAGUACCUGCCAUUGUAAAGUGGGCAAGGAUACCAUGACAUGGACUUCACUGUUGCCUUUCACAUGGACUCCCACUUUUAAAAACAUUCAUGUAAAUGUACUUCAGAUUCAAAACUGAAAUAAAAUCACGUGAGAAUAUAUUUGAAAAAAAUGUAUAAAAUGUACAGCUUUCUAAUUUACUUUUUAAAUGUUAACCUAGUGCUUGUAUAUAGAAAGCCCAUAUAUUUGAUUACCUAAUCUUAAGAAGCUAUAUAUUUAUUCUAGGCAUAUGAUGUAAAUUGCAUACAUUCUCACACAAAAUACUUAUGUAUAUCUUGCCCAUUAUGAAGGUAGUUUCUAUGGAUUGACACAAAUCUGCAAUUUCAAAGGACUUCAGUCUUUUGUCACCUAAAUAUUGUUAGAGAGUGACUAUAUUUAUAGUCACUGUUUAUGAAAUUCAGUUGUUCUUUGCAGAAUGUCUUUGGUACAAUCCAGUCCAACUAAGGGUGUUUUAACAUUUGAUCCAUUGCUACAACAAGUAUUUGCCCAACAACAGGCUCCACAGAAACAUUUUUAAGAGCAAGUAUAAUUCAAAAUACUGUUAUAUAUGACACAUUGUCUUAUUUGAGCUGUGUAUUAUUGUAAAGAUCACAGUAUUUUCUGUAAUGUUUACAAGUUCUUUGCUUAACAGGUGCAAGAAUUUCUUCUCUGGGUGGAAAAGCUCCCAUUGUUCAUCUUGUAAUUGGAAUAAAAAAUACAGAACCUCUAAUAAAAAAAAACACACCUCACUUUUUUUUGAAAUAAAGUACAGGUGGUGACUUCCUGGCCGAUAAUGGUCCUGUAUCAUGUCCGAAACUGAUUAGCUAAAACUGAUGUCAGAAACCGAUUAGCUAAAAAUGACUAUAAUGUUCAAACAUAUUUAAUGGACUUGUGUAAGUAGUUCAUACUUUCUAUUCUCGUUACUGUAUAAACAUGAAACUGAUCACAUCAGAAGAUAAAUAAGCUUGCAUUUUAUGUGGAAUAAUAUACAACUCAAAUCUUUUUGGCAUUUCUUCUGUCCAAUAACAUCAUAUUUCAGAUAUUCUUUACUAAGUGAUCAGAAAGGAGAAAAAGGAACACUAUCUAUGUAAAUGAUUUUGGGUAGUAUCAAAAUGAAAAAUAUUGAAAGAGAUCUUUGUGGACCUAAUCCAGGGCCUUUUUUGCAUUUCCACAGUUCUUCAUAAAGUGCCAAAUAUCAAGGCACUUUGCAAGUGCUAGACUGACCUAGUCACGCUAUGGAAAGUCUUUGUCCCCAAGUGCAGGAGACUGUCACUUUGUGGUUAGCACAGCACAGCUGUACCACAGGAGAUAAAGACCAUGCUAAAUUAUAAAUGGAAAAGACCUGACAGGCUAAAUAGCCCAUCUUUCAAUUAUGGCAAAAUUGUUUCCUACAUCACAUUUCCUGACAUUGGAUAUACAGAAUGCAGUUUGAAAUAUAAUAUCUGGGGAUUCAUCUGCUUCUCCUGGAAGACUUUCCCAAAAUUGAUUAGGAAGAAACUUUCAGGAGUAAAGGAUUAUCACAAAUGCAGUUGUAGCAUUCUUAUAAAAGGUUUCAACCAAACUGUGAAGUGAAUUAAUACUUGAGACUGUGGAUAUAAAGUGGACUUCACGUUCAGAACACAGGAAUUGUUACCAGACAUAUCUGUUCCAGAGGGAAAAAA